AAAACGAACCUCUCCAUGCAAUGGUACUUGUUGGUGGUACCAUUACAAGGUGAACCAGAGGCGUCAGUCAAUUCGAAUCUCUCGAAUCGUGUUGUUGUUUGUGUUGUUGCGGCGCCGAUUCAUUUCUGGAAAACAUCAGAGAAAGGUUUUUCACUUUCUUCGCAGAUACCAAGAGGGGAGUGCGUUCCACACAGGACAGAUGAUGCAUUCAUACUCAGAUUCUUGAGGGGCAGAAAUUUCGUUUUGGAGAGAGCUCAUAGGCUGAAAGGAAACUGGGAUCCGGAAAGACUGUCAACAGAUGAAUUAUUCCAGUCGACCAUGAUAGUGCUGGAACUGGCCAUCCUUGAACAGAGAGCCCAAAUUUUAGGCGGAGUCUGUAUUUUCGACUUGGGAGGUCUUUCUCUACAACAAGCCUGGUACAUCACCCCGUCCAUUGCGCACAAGAUCGUGCAGAUCAUGGUGACUUCCUUUCCAAUGAAAGUCCACGCCCUCCACAUCGUCAACCAAUCCUGGAUCUUCGACAUGAUCUACAACAUCUUCAAACCCUUCGUCGACGAGAGGAUGAAGGAGAAGAUUUUCUUCCACGGCGAAGACAUGGAAAGCCUCCACCAGCACAUCGAUCCGAAGCAUUUACCAGAAAAAUACGGAGGAAUCCAUCCCGACUACGACUACAAAGAUUGGAUAAAAUAUUUCGAGAACAACGAGAAAAUCCGAUGGGAGCUCGAAACGCUGGGAUAUCGGGACGACAAGGAGAAGACAGAUUUGGGCAAGGAAGAAGUAUGAACGUUGGGUUUUUUGGGUUUACAUAGUUUAUUGAGGAUUUUUAUAGAAAUCCUUCUCAUAUGUGAACCACAGGAACAUUCCAAAAGGUAUUGUUGGUAAUUACCUAUUCGAUAAUUUAGUAAUUUUGAACACAUUUCUUAUAUUUUGUAUCAGCAAAUGAAUUGUAUUGAAUUUUUUCAAUUAUUCUCUAAGGCCCGUUGCCCGGAAUGAAAAAAGAUUACCUACUUUAGGAUGACAAAAUUUAUAGUGUUCAAAACGCCUAUGUUUUCACGGCCCAGGCUUUCAGUGUCACCAUUACUUUUUUUAUUCGGAUUUUAUAGUUUUUUCCUGACGUUUCGCUGACGCGAAAUCCAGGUACAGGUACUAGCAUACCAAGCUACCCGAAUCAACAUAAAUACGGCUCACACAGUCGUAAUAUCCAGUUAUCGGAUAUAUUAACUCAGGGCGUAUAAACCUCUGAAGAAACUAGCCACUCGCCCCAGCGAAAAGUCAGGAAGAAAUUUUGAAAAUCGACGCCUUUAACCCGAAUAAAAAUAGUGACACUGUGAGUUCUGCUUUAAUGGGGAAUG